AUGACCGAUCGCGCACAACGGCCCUCUGGGCUACGAGCUGUGGCUAAUAACGCGCCGUGGGUUUUGCUGACCGCGGAGUCUACUGCGUUUGUACUGCUGGCCCAUUAUUCUCGAGUUAUGCCCCCCGCCGGCGGGAAACGAUACCUUACAUCCACGGCAGUCUUCCUAGUCGAGGUCGUCAAGCUGGCCAUCUCCCUCACAAUGGCUCUCUAUAACGUUUCGAAAACCGCUCCUCCCUCCAUGCCCGCCACAUCCCUAUUCUUCUCCCUAACAAGCGCGGUCUUCACUGGCGAUAGCUGGAAAAUGGCCAUCCCGGCCGGUCUAGACGUCUUGUCCAAUUCGCUUCUCUACAUUGCGCUGUCGAACCUGCGAGCUGCGACGUUCCAAGUUACCUUCCAGCUGAAGUUCCUUACAACGGCGAUCUUUGGUCUCAUGCUUCUGAGACGGAGUAUCGCACCCCGGAAGUGGGGCCUGCUCCUGUUGCUCGUGGUCGGCGUGGCGUUGGUGCAGAUCCCUGAUGCAAGCACCGAGCGGAUGCUGCAGGAUGACCACGCGAACCACUACUUCCCUCGUUCACUGGAGGAAUGGAAGGCUGUCAAGCAAGGCUCUAGCUCUGGCAGUAGUCUGCAAAAGCGGUCUGCAACGUACGAGGGUAUCGAAGAGGAUAUCUUGACCGCUGAUCCGCACCUGAACUCAACUAUCGGCCUCCUUGCAACUAUCGGUGCGGCUUUGGCCUCUGGGCUGGCGAGUACUUACUUUGAGAAAGUGCUCAAGGACAGCUCGAACCACAUCUCGUUGUGGGUUCGCAAUGUGCAAUUGGCUAUUUACUCCAUUUUCCCUGCUCUCUUCAUUGGAAUCGUUUUCCGCGAUGGCGAGAAAAUCGCCGAAGAUGGCUUCUUCCAGGGUUACAAUUGGGCGGUGUGGUCUACCAUUGUUAUCCAGGCCCUUGGUGGGAUUGUCUCAGCCUUCUACGUCAGCCAUGCGCACAAAGAUGCAAGGAGUUUGGCCACAACCGUCAAUAUUAUCCUUAGCAUUAUUGGAAGCAUUUGGCUCUUUGACUUUGAGGUUUCUGCAAGCUUCCUUUUGGGCUCGGCUGCAGUCCUGGUAGCAACCCACUACUACGGAAACCCAAGCUUCACUCCCUCAGUCGGUGGCUCUCGCCCACCUCCAAUUCGCGUCGACACCUACGAAAAGGACGUCGGAGGACCUGGCGGCUCGCCCGUGGCUCCCUCAUCCAACGACUUCUCCAUCAAGCUUCCAAAUACCCCAUUCCUGUCGGACGGCAUAUCAUCAUCUCGUCCAACUUCACCAGCACCAGGCCACGCUAGGAGUAGAACCGAAGCCAUCGACCAAAGACUCAUCGAAGGCUCCCUGCAACCACGAUACAGCAGUCCAUCCCCACAGCAGCCUUUCAGUACCCUUUCAUCGUCUCUCCACGAUGAAGAUCCGGAAUUGGAUGCUUUUGAUCUGGAACUACUAGCUCAGAACGAUAGACAAAUGGCGAUUCAAGAUGCAGAUCUAGGAUUUCGACCGGCUUCUUCGCUUCAAUUAUCCUUCCAGUGUGACCAUCAGCCGCAGAAUAUCUCUCGUUUCUUUCAGCCAAGUUAUAGUAUCACUCCUCACAGCGGUGAUGCGUCUACUCCGCCGGAUAUUGGGCCAAGAUUACCUUCGAGUCCUUUGGCGCUGUUGAAUCAGAGAAAAGAGGCGAAGCAGAUAGAGCAAUACAAUCUUGAGUUGAAUCAUGGCCCAUAUCAUGAGGAUACUACUCAAUCAUCGCCUCAGGCAUUGUCUACCCAUGUGAGUCCUGGGCCGAAGAUUGGCAACCAGCACCGACAAGGGUCUCUCAGCCAUAUCCCGCCGUCCGUUCGAGGCAUUGUGCUCAUUCCCGUGAACGACAUACCCGAGAAUUAUCGCUCGAUGUUCACUUUCCCAUUGUUCAACGCCAUCCAGUCGAAAUCCUUUCACGCUGUCUAUAACAGCAACGACAACAUCGUCCUCUCGGCACCCACCGGCAGUGGCAAGACAGUGAUCAUGGAACUGGCAAUCUGCAGACUCCUCAACACCCUGAAAGACGAACGUUUUAAAGUCGUCUACCAAGCACCCACGAAGUCACUCUGUGCCGAACGAUUCAGAGACUGGCACUCCAGAUUCUCAAGCCUGAAUCUUAAAUGUGCAGAGUUAACCGGCGACACGGAUCACAUGCAACUGCGCGUUGUGCAGAGUAGUCAGAUUAUCAUCACAACUCCAGAGAAGUGGGAUAGCAUGACUCGGAAAUGGAAAGAUCACGGGAAGUUGAUGCAGCUCGUGAAACUGUUCCUCAUUGAUGAAGUACACAUUCUGAAGGAAACUCGCGGUGCAACCCUCGAGGCGGUUGUAUCCCGGAUGAAGAACAUCGGAUCGAAUGUUCGCUUCGUGGCGCUCAGUGCUACCGUUCCCAAUUCUGAGGAUAUUGCUACUUGGCUUGGCAAGGAUGCCACUAAUCAUCAUGUUCCUGCGCACAGAGAGCAUUUCGGGGAGGAGUUUCGUCCGGUUACGUUAACGAAGGUUGUCUAUGGGUAUCAGUCUACUUUGAAUGACUUUGCUUUUGAUAAAAUCUGUGGCUCGAAGUUGCCCGAGGUCAUCGGAAUGCAUUCACUCCAAAAGCCCAUUAUGAUUUUCUGUUGCACACGAAACUCAUCCCUUUCAACAGCGAAGGAGCUGGCUCGUCUUUGGACGAUGACCAACCCGCCAGCCAGGCUUUGGAAGGGGCCUGCGAGACCUCUCGAUGCUCAUAACGACGACCUGAAGAAAACUAUCGCCGCCGGAGUCGCAUUCCACCAUGCCGGCUUGGGACCCGGGGACCGCCACACAGUCGAAGCAGGCUUUAGGGAUGGCCACAUCAGUGUGAUAUGCUGUACAUCAACCCUCGCAGUGGGAGUCAACUUACCAUGUCACCUGGUGAUAAUAAAAAACACCGUCAGUUGGCAAGACGGGGGCUGCAAGGAAUACUCUGAUCUAGAGAUGAUGCAAAUGCUCGGUCGUGCAGGAAGGCCUCAAUUUGACGACAGUGCGACAGCAGUCAUCCUCACCCGAAAGGAACGUGUGAAUCAUUACGAGCAACUCGUUUCUGGAUCUGAGAGUUUGGAGAGCUGCUUGCAUUUGAAUCUGAUUGAUCACCUCAAUGCCGAGAUUGGACUGGGUAAUAUCUCCGACAUCGACUCCGCUGUCAAAUGGCUUGCUGGGACGUUUUUGUUCGUCAGGCUUCGUCGGAACCCUACGCACUACAAGCUCAAGGAGGGUGCGAAUCAGGAGGACGAGAAUGAACUCUUGCGACAGAUUUGUGCGAAGGACAUUCAUCUCUUGAGGGAGGUUGGGCUUGUUGAAGCUGACAGUCUUUGCUCAACCCAAUUUGGCAAUGCCAUGGCUCGGUACUAUAUCCGAUUUGAGACUAUGAAAGUCUUGUUAUCAUUGAAGCCACGAGCAACACUGUCCGAGACUCUCAACGUUAUCUCCCAAGGCGACGAAUUCCGCGAGAUCCGCCUGAAAGGAGGUGAAAAGUUCCUUUACCGCGAAAUCAACCGUGACCCAGGCAUUCGAUUCCCCAUCAAAGUCGACAUAGCCCUCCCAUGCCACAAAACCUCCCUUCUCCUCCAAUCCGAACUCGGGGCAAUCGACUAUCCAGACAGUGAUCAGCUCCAAAAGUUCAAAUUUACCUUCGCCCAAGACAAAUCCCUCGUCUUUUACCAUGUCAACCGACUAGUCCGCUGCUUAAUCGAUUGCCAGAUUGCGCGCGGAGACUCAAUCGCUAUCCUCAAUGCCCUGGAACUUGCUCGAAGCUUCGGUGCAAAAGUUUGGGACCAUUCCCCUCUCCAGAUGAAGCAGAUCGAGCAAGUCGGCGUGGUUGCUGUUCGGAAAUUUGCUGCUGCUGGUAUUACCAGUAUAGAAUCUCUGGAAGAAACGGAGGCUUAUCGGAUUGAUAUGGUUCUUAGUAAGAAUCCGCCUUUUGGGGCGAAAUUACUCUCUAGGCUGAAGGAGUUUCCCAAGUUGAGGGUUGCUGUUAGGAUGUUGGGGAAGGAAGUCAAUAAUGGAGGUGUCACUCUUCGGUUCAAGGUUGAGGUUGCGUUCAUGAAUGAUAAGAUUCCGACUUUCUUUCAACGACGCCCGGUUUAUGUUUGUUGCUUGACCGAGACGUCCGAUGGCCGCAUGGUUGACUUUCGACGUACUGGUGCGAGCAAGCUUCAGGAACGGUUGGAUAUUGAUCUUUCUGCGGAGUUGACAAGUGCUGAGCAAUUUGUUGUUUGCCAUGUUAUGUGCGAUGAUAUUGCUGGAACGGGAAGGCUGGCUGAGCUCAGACCCAAGCUUUCGCCUCUAUCGUUUACUCCUAUGCGAGAAGGGAAUCUCACUUCAACGGAAGCAAGCCACUCAACGGCAAACAUUUCUCCUUCAAGCAUCCGAGAGAUGGUUGGUAGCAGUUGCACGUCGAGAUCUCACCGAGAUGCGGAAGACCAUGUUCAAAAACGGGUCGUGGACGCAGGCAAAGCAACAAGCAUGUCUCGCUCAAAUGUUUCAGCCGUGGCCAGAAAUACUCCCAAAUCCCGCCGAGACUUCGACGAUCUUGACUUCGAUGGCGACGAUCUGCAACUAGACGAUUUUCUGGCCGUGAAUGAACGCUCAAGUAAACCGAAGCAUUAUUCCAAGCCGACGUUUCAGCCAAAUGAUGAGAUGGACUGGUUCUCGAUCGAUACCACUCCCAGUCCGCCACAGCGAGGAACGAAAAUCUCAAACCCUCGAGACGACGAACGGGCCGCAGACAUGAAAGAUCAAGAAGACGAGAACCCCGAGCCGAUUCGACUUGCUAAUGGCAAAUGGGCUUGCAAUCACAGGUGCAAAGACAAGACAAGCUGCAAGCAUUUCUGCUGCCGGGAUGGCCUGGAAAAGCCUCCGAAGCCUGCCAAAAAGCGGUCCAUCCCUGCUAUCCAGAAGGAGAAUGGCCUCAAUCAAUUGACAAUUUCUGACAGUAUCACGAAAAUCAUUCCUACGAGCAAUUUCAAUCCAGGGAGCCAAAUGGCAAAGCAACGCACCAGUGAAUCCAAGAAAACUGACAAUUCCUCUAAGACAAAAAGCUUGACGUCUCAGGUCGGAAAGAAAUCUUCAACCCAGGCAAAGUUUGCUCUAUCAGACAGAAGCAGAAGUAUCUUUUCGAGCAAGACCAAGCGAGUGUUGAGCCCAUUGAGAAUCCAUUCGAGUGAUUAUGGUGAUGAUGACUUCAACGAUCUGAUCUCUCCAUCACUCCUCCUCGUAGAACCAGGCACCAGCUUCGCAAGACCAAACUCUCCAAUGACAGAAAAGCAAACACAACAUGCCUUCGGAGCUGUCCCCAGCAUCGCGACGAAGCAUGCAACAUGUUCAGCACCAUCUGCUCCUCAAGCUGAGUCCUCUCUUGGAAGCCAAACCAAACCAUCAACCCCCAGAUUCAACACGAGGUAA